AUGUCAAAAAAGACAAAAAUGAUAAAAUAAGAACUUGAAUAAUGCAAUAAUUCUCUUCAACAUAAAAAUAUAAAAAUUGAUACAAAAAAUGUUUUGAUGAUUUUGAUGGCAAUUAUUAAUUUGAUGAUAAAUUUAGAAAUUGCACAAUCCAAAGAGGAAGUUCUAUAAAAGAAAGUCUUUGCGAUAAUAUGGGUUUUAUUUAUAUUAUUAAUACAUUAUUUUCAUGUAAAUAUGAAAUGA